AUGGGCCAGAGACACAACAGACGUCGCACUCGACCACGAUCUCGCAACCAGUCCCAAUCCAGGACCGUCACCGCCAACGAGCAUCAGCAGCAGCAGCAAUAUUCCCUGUCGGAACCUGCUUUCCUCGCGCCGCUCGCCCACACCCGGCAUAACAGCUGGUUAGAUGAAUGGCAGAAUUUCGAAUACAAUACACUGCAGCCUCGACAUAGUACGCCCGAAUUGGCAAUGCAGCAAUAUCGCUUUUUCGGCGGGGAGCCUGGUGAUGACGCCAAUCUGUGCUACAAUAUGCUGGAUUUUUUCGGUCGACUCGACUACAUUGAUACAUGA